UACAAAUGCUAAUGGCAGUUUGUUCAGAAUUUCUCAGAGAAUUCGCUCAUUUUUCAAUCUCUCUGCUCGAACCUCCAAGAGAGACAAGCAACGUCAUUCACUCCUUAUUAUCCAUUGCUUAGUUAGUACGGUACAAUACACAGAAGUAUCACCAUGGAUUGUGAGAGCUGUGGUUGGGCAGCGGCUGUGGUGGCCGUGGUGUCGUUUGGUUCCUUCGGUGUUCCCAUCAAGAGCGAAACUUGCCGUCGAUUGAACAUUGAUCCAUUGGUGUUCCAAACCUACAAGACUGUCGUGUGCUUCUUAUCUUCGGCCGUGAUACUGGCAAUCCUGGGGCGUCCGUUUCGAUUCACACCUUGGGGCAUUGUGUCGGCCAUUUUUUGGGUGCCAGCUGGAGUUGGGACGGUCGCUGCAGUCAAGCUUGCAGGGUUAGCAGUGGCCAUUGCCGUGGGAAACAGUUUGGUAGCUCUUGUAUCCUUUACUUGGGGUAUUCUUAUCUUCCAUGAACCCAUCCAUUCCAUUUCCAUGGCGUGUGUGGGAGUCAUGAUGAUGAUCCUGGGAUUCUGCGGUAUGAGCUACUUUUCCACAAGGGACAGGAACAACACAGACAAUGGCAAGCCGCUGCCAUUGUCAUCGCCACAACAACAGCAAUUGACCAUGUCGUUUCAUUACGAGGCACCAUUGGAGACUCCCACUGGUUCAAGCUGCAAUGGCUCGAUACAGACGUGUCCAUCGUCAUCCGAGUCGAUUGAGUUGGUAGAGGAGGCCAGACGACAGUAUCGUUUGUGCCAAGAGAUCCAUGAUUUUGAAGCCAAAACCUUUCGCAAUAAUCGUCACCAUUCAAGGACAAACGGGGAUCAUCAUCAUGAAAUCCACAAUACACAACGUCAACAUCUACAUCUACAAGAUGAAAAACAUGACGAAAACAGCAACAUCGUGGGUGGAUUGAGACACCGACAAGUGCACCUGGUACAUCAUCACUCCAAUGAAAUGGUGUCCUCACCUACUGCUACACAUGACAAGAAAACAGCAAUGGUACUCUCGCCGUCUGUAGAAGAUGCCAUUCCGGCAUUUCCAUCACCGCCGCCACCAUCUAAUGCAGCCUUCACCUUCACCGACCAUCAUGACCCCCAACCCAAUGACACAUUCCUUGUUCUUGCUGGCGGGGCAUGUAAACUAACGCGACGGCAAGUAGGCAUUGCUCUUUCCAUUUUCAACGGAUGUUGGGGCGGUAGUAUACUGGUCCCGAUGAAGUUUUGUCCCGACCCGACAAUCACCAGAGGAGUUGAUUUCGUCUGGUCAUUUUCGAUUGGGGCCAUGCUAGUCACGGCUUCACUUUGGUUAGGUCGAUUCUUGUGGAAUUAUGCUGCGUCGGGUGAUUCAUCCUUGGCCUACAGGUCUUUGCCACCCUUGCAUUUGAAAGAAAUGUGGAAGCCCGGAGGCUUGUCAGGUCUGUUGUGGAGCACUGGCAACCUGUUUUCCAUCUUAUCGGUGGAUUACCUCGGGGAAGGAGUAGGAUACUGUGUCGUACAGGCAUCCAUGUUGGUCAGUGGGCUAUUUGGCAUCUUCUAUUUCAAGGAAGUCAAAGGAAUGGCUACUAUUUCCAAGUGGUUCCUUUCCGCCUUGCUGACUGUGUCUGGCAUCCUAGUUCUCAGCUAUGAACACCACGACACCUCAUAGGGCAGAGACAAUCGGACAGUCCGCGAACUCGAGCAAAGGCUUAUCCAAGAAUGGGGAGGGGGGCUGAUCAAAAAGGAGUUGCCUCCACCAAGGCUCCUGCUGCCAACUGAUGUUGUCAUAGAUAGCUGAUGUUCAAUUCAACAUCAUGGAUGACAGUGGUGAAGGAAUCCUACGCAAGCUCUCGACGCACUGGCUGCAACAAAACCAAACAGGCUUUGCUCGCUGCGGUCGCGUAACGAAACUCCUGUUUGGCCGCGGCAUGGGUACAACGACAGACACAUGCACUAUAGCACGCAUUAGAAACUAGCUAGCAAGUCAAUUGAAAACAUGUAUCUAUCUUUAAUUAAUAUACGCCGUACUCAAAUAC